CUCGAAUAUGGCAGCUCUCGCGCAGAGCAACGUGCGCGUAGUUGGGAGUGAAGUGCAAUUUGCGGUGAGCGUCUAAUUGCUGGCCAGAGAUGACGGAGGUCGCCGAUAAUCGCGAUAACCAUAAUAAUAUAGCUACUGCUGUCAACGGCGAUGGGGAUUUGCUUUCAAGCUCUUCGGAAAUUCCGAGCAGCUCGAUGCUCGAUCGCAAGGAAGUCAGCGCAAAAGCCACGGUCAAUGAGAACGAAGCUAGUCACAUUGGAAAAACAUUGGCGCUGCAAAUCAUUGGAGGUGCCGACAAAGAAAACGCGUCGCACGUCAACGAAUCAGAGGGCCGAGCCGUGAAAGUGAGAAACGUCGAAAAGACUCUGCGCAUAGGAUGGCUCGAGAAGGCUGCCGGAGGCCGCGCCAAGUAUCGCAGAGUGGCAAAGCCUCGCGGCGGCGUGAGGAAGCUGCAGUUAGACGCGACCGCCCGCUACUCGGCCGGCCAGAUAAGACGACUAGCCAUGGAGGCCUUCGAGGCUUCGAGCAACAGCGGGAAUAAUCGCGCGAUAGAGGAGGAGUUCGUGGUGAACCUGGGCGGUUUCGGCGGCCAGCCGAUUUCGGAUUUCAAGCGAAGAGACGGCCAAGUGUGCGACAUAUGGGAGUACUGCAAGGACAGAGGCAAAAGGCUGUACCAGCUGGAUUUGUUCAUGCUGACGUCGCCGGCAGAGGAGGAGCACGAGGAAGCGCGGAGCGAGCGCCGAACGAUCAGCACCCGCAGCAGCGGGCUCCGACCCAGGAUCGCGAACGACGUGCGCGUGCUCUACCUGUACGUGCGCCAAUCCGCCUACACCAACGAGCUGUCCUACAUGGAGUGCGAGAAAGCCGAGCUGCACGGCCGGCUGUUCGAAGACAGCGGCGGCGCCUGCCCGUCCAUCGAGCAUUUCGAGCCGUUCGAGCACGGCUUCUCCAUCUCGAGAAUCGUCAAGAGCGGCCGAGUGCUUCUGCAGCUAGCCGUUGACGACAGCGGCGCCAGAUCCAUCGAGUUCCCAGAGUCGCGCCGCGAGCACGCCGUCCUUCGCGACGUGGACCAGCUGCAAGGACACUGCGACCGCCAAUUCGGCAUCGGCUUCGUGCCCAGCUGCGACUACGCCUGUCGGCCGAUGUUCUCCUGGUACAGGGAUGGCGAGCUCUUCAGGAGCCACGAGUAUUUGUACUGGCUGGACGACGUCAAGGACGAGCAGACGCACGUUUGGAGCUGCACCGUCGUCUGCGCGACCACCGGCCGGCAGAUCCGGUCCAAACGAGUGGCCGUCGAGGCCUCUUGCUGCUGACGUCUCUUCACUGCCCACUGGGCAUUUUACUCAGAUUCAACGAAUUUUUACGCUUUUCCUAGUGAAUUGCAACGCGGUCUUAUUUAUAAAUCUAGCGACUAGAAUUGACGAACGUUGGAGACUUCCAUCG